GGGCCCAUCGGCUUCCUGCCCUGCUUCGCGGGCAUGUGGCUCCUGGACAAGAGAGGUCUUCGGAUAACUGUGCUUCUGACAUCCUUCCUCAUGGUUUUGGGAACUGGUCUAAGAUGCAUACCUAUAUCAGACUUAGUGCUUAAACGAAGACUAAUCCAUGGAGGACAGCUUUUAAAUGGAUUGGCAGGCCCAACCGUAAUGAAUGCAGCUCCAUUCCUGUCCACAACGUGGUUUUCUGCAGAUGAACGAGCCACUGCCACAGCUAUCGCGUCCAUGCUCAGUUAUCUCGGUGGAGCAUGUGCAUUUUUAGUUGGACCACUUUUUGUUCCAGCUCCCAAUGGCACGUCGCCUCUUCUUGCAUCCGAGAAUAGCAGGGCCCACAUUAAAGACCGUAUAGAGACUGUAUUAUAUGCAGAAUUUGGAGUGGUCUGCUUAAUAUUUUCUGCAACUCUUGCUUAUUUCCCACCCCGGCCUCCCCUUCCUCCCAGUGUUGCUGCAGCUAGUCAGCGACUGAGUUAUCGGCGGAGCUUUUGUAGAUUAUUAAGCAAUGUGAGAUUUUUGAUGAUUGCUUUAGCAUAUGCCAUACCGCUCGGUGUAUUUGCUGGCUGGUCUGGAGUUCUGGACUUAAUUUUAACACCAGUGCAUGUCAGCCAAGUAGAUGCUGGCUGGAUUGGAUUUUGGUCCAUAGUUGGGGGCUGUGUUGUUGGAAUAGCUAUGGCAAGGUUUGCAGAUUUUAUCAGGGGUAUGCUGAAAUUAAUUCUUCUCCUCCUGUUUUCUGGGGCUACAUUAUCAUCCACGUGGUUCACCCUCACCUGUUUGAACAGCAUCACACACCUGCCUUUAACCACAGUGACGUUGUAUGCCUCCUGUAUUCUCCUGGGAGUGUUCUUGAAUAGCAGUAUACCUAUAUUUUUUGAGCUGUUUGUGGAAACUGUCUACCCAGUUCCAGAAGGAAUUACUUGUGGAGUUGUCACUUUUUUAAGUAAUAUGUUCAUGGGAGUGCUUUUACUUUUUCUCACAUUUUAUCACAAAGAGUUGUCUUGGUUCAACUGGUGCCUUCCCGGGUCGUGUUUGCUCAGUCUCCUCCUCAUUCUGUGCUUCAGGGAAUCCUACGACAGACUCUAUCUUGAUGUGGUUGUCUCCGUGUAAUAGCACAGACUCGAAGGAGUUUACAGAGAGACUGGAGAUCCAUUCUGCAUCCUGCACAUUUGCUCGGAAUUGCACACCUGACGGAUAAAAAGGAGAAGACAGAAAAUUCAUUCAGAGGUCUUGUGAAGUUACUGGUGAUCACAUUAAUUUAAUUACUACUAGGUAAUGACAAUGUGGGACUCAAAUGAUAACCGGGGAUUUAAAAACUCUCUAAAUGGCAUGCUUGUGCCCGCUGCUGGGGUUGGCAGUGUGCUGUCUUACACACAAGGCACUACCUAAAUAAUUCCCUCUGCUCUGUGCCAGUGCCACACUGCUGAUGGAUCCAUUGUUACUAUGAAAAGAAAUAAAGGGCGUCUAUCACAUGGAGAUAACGCCUUCCCUAAGGGACAUAUCAGAAUAGGAAGAAAUGCCACUAACUUCUAAAGAAGUUUAAACCUUAUAUCCGAUUUUAAUAAAAAAACAGCCAACAGGUAUAUCCAGAAUAGAAAUUAGCCCCAUGUACACUACAUUUUUUUCUAAUAAAGUCAUUUCUUCUAUGACUCCUUAUUUUUAACUAGAGGCCCAAUGCACGAAAUUCAUGCAAGGGGCUCUGCCCUCACAGCCAUGGCAGCUUGCCUCGGCCCUCGCAGCCUCGGCUACGUCUGGAAGGUCAUCCGGAAGGAUGUCCAGAAGGUCAUUCGGCUGUCUGGUCUAAUUAGCAUAUCACGUUUUUAUUAUUAUAGAUUAGGUCAGAAACCCCUGGCCAUCUUAUUAUGGUGACCAACCGCUUUCCAGUGACUUCAGAACACACACUUUGUGUCUCAACCUAAAGUUAUCCUUGUUUCUGUGAAAUACAGUUUCAUCUAUUAGACUCUUAAAUGAUUAUAUUAAAGGUGACUAAACGUUUAAUGUAGCCUCAUUAAAAAUUGUAUGACAAAUAUAAUUCCAUUCUGAUUUAGCACUUUGUUAAAAGAGAAAUGACAAAUCACAUAGGACAUUCUAUAUCUUCAGGUGUGUGUGUGUGUGUGUGUGUGUGUGUGUGUGUGUGUAUCAGAUAUUAUUUACAGGGGUUACAUUUUAUUAAAUGACCUUUGUUUGAAAAUAACAAUUUAUAACAUUGAAA